GACACUAAAAAUAGAACUAGACAGAAGGGCGUAAAUAACGCCUUCGUGUCGGAGGAAUCACUAAUUGAGUACCCUAUGCAUUCGAUAUCAAAUCCAAGAACAUAACUAUUCGAUCAAAGAUGAGUGCUCGCAUGCAGGUUCCACUCUCUCAGCGCCGUCAUACUAAUGUGGCGGUGGUGCGCUACACAAGAAAAGGAGUGCGCCUGGAAAUCGCAUGCUACAAAAACAAAGUCAUCUCCUAUCGUAGUGGCACUGAAGAUCGAUUGGAUGAAGUGCUGCAGGUUGAUCGCAUAUUUUCCAACGUCUCGCGAGGCCAUAUUGCUCCCGAAAAAGAUAUUCAAGCUGUCUUCGGCCCCAACAUGUCCACCGAAGAUGCCAUCAAGUAUAUGCUAAUACACGGAGAAUUACAAGUAGCGCAGCAUGAGCGCACAGCAGAGGUGGACGAAAUUUUUAAAGACAUUGCACUCAUCAUAUCCCAGAAAUGUAUCAACUCCAAUACACAGAGACCCUUUCCGUGCUUUGUGAUUGAGCAGGCUCUAAGGGAAAUCGGGGCGGGCGUCAAGCUGGAUCAGCCAGCCAAAAAGCAGGCGCUCUCGCUUAUCCAUCAGCUAGUUGAGUCUCAGAUCAUCCCCAUCAGCCGUGCAAACAUGAAGCUUCGCUGUUCAACGAGGACUGCUGCUGCGAUAGAAAAGCUAAGAACAUGGUGCGACGCACACAAUGCGCAGAUCGUGGAAGUUGUGAAAACUGACCCUGCAGGGACGGAAUUGGCCACUGAUCUGAACGAUGGAGCGGAAACUUACUCCGUACUGUUGUUGAUGCAGCCGAACUUUUAUGGAGUCAUCGAGAGCUUCAUAAAGGCGGAGCUUCCAAAUGGAAGUACCGUACACGUGGUGGAAGCUUCUGUGAUGGCUGCAGGCGAAAGUGAUGGAGCAAGUUUCUUAGCGGCCGCCAAGGAUCAGUCGGCUGUCUCGACAGCGUGUUCUGCGCUUGAGAUAGAUUUAAAGCCAUCCGGUGGCUACAAAAGCACCAAGGGUUUCGAAGUGACUUCAAGUAGUUUUCAAGAAGUUGAUAUGGACCAAGGAAUGAAACAAAAACAACACCAAAAAGCUGCCAAGAGUACCAAGGAAAAACGUAGGAAAAAUGCUUCCUCGGGUGACAAACUUGAAGAGGAUCCCUCGGUUCCCUCUCCAGGCGACCACUACGAAAAAGAUAUAGAGGGGAGCUCUGUCAAGCGAAAGGCUAACGAGUAUGAGAACGUGGUGGGACGAGGAAUGAAAAAAGGCGAUGGAGGGGACUCACACACUGGUGACGGUGAAGAGGAUGGUAUGGAUGCAUAUAACGAUCCACUUGCAAGGAAUUUGGGGGCCGUGAAGGACGAGUUAGUGGUACAGUUGCAACAAUUGGGUCUAGAUCCUGUAACUGAUUUGGCUGCCAAUGAUAGUGACGAAGAUGGACGAAACAAACGAAAGAAAAACGCCGGCAAACGAAAAAACAAUAAGAAUGAUGGCAACACCAACAGCAAAAAAAACGCUAGUAACGCAGAGAAAGAGCGGGAGAUUGAUAGCGACGAAGAUCUGGAGGGCAACCGAAAGCAGCGCAAAAGGAACACGAUCAAAAAAAAGAAUGAUGAUGAUAUGGGGGACAUGUUCGAUGAGGAAAAUUUCGACUAUGGUGAAGAAAAUUAAGGAAUCUAAAAUAAAGUGACUGGGAACAUAAAUCACAUAGGUUACGCAUUAAAAUCGAGUUAAUUAUUGUGUGUAAAUAUAAUAUUUUGAAUUCUGCUAACUAACUGGGGAAGGGGUUAUUAAA